GCACAGAGGAGCGUGGAUAGACAUGCAACCGCUCGCGGAUGAUGAACACCUAUGAAGGUGCACAGUUCGUGCGAAACGAAUUCCCAAGUGAACCGAGUUCCGGUGUGAUCCAGACUUUCUUGCACUGAGAACACUGUGCACUAUCUGUUGCAUUAGGAAAUUUCUAGUGACUUACGUAUAGCGAUCGUCUAUCUCCCGAAGUGUAGACAUUGGAAAUUAUUGAAAGUCGCCUCUUCGGAUUUACUGCGGUAGUACGGUUAGCUGUGCCCCCAUGCUUGUGUCCUCGGUUUGUGGAAGCUCAGGAAAGAAUGCACCGGCCAGGGAUCUUAUAUUAUUUCUGUGUCUGUUUUCAGUUCUUGUCAAGAGUCAGGUCACAGAAAAUUCUGCACAACUGCCGGGGACAGAUAGCACCACCAAAUCUUUGUUAGAUGGAUCUGAAUUUAAGGCGACAGAGCUGACGUUAAACGAACCUUCCCAUAUCAUGGCUGAUUUGACAGAUGUGACUUUUACUUCGGAACAAACAACUCACUAUACUACUGCAACUGAAUCUGCUUGGCAUCAGUCGGACAACGGUAACUCAGUAACAAAAAAUUCUGAAAACAAUUUUGAAACGUCACCAAAUUCAAUACGAUGUGGCAAGGAGCUGUGCUCGCCAGACAUAUUUCGUCAACUAAAAGGUCCACAAGGCGAAAAGGGCCGAAUGGGUCCUCCGGGUAUUCCAGGAGAAAUGGGACAGUGUCCGAUUCCAACUUGUUCCCAACCACAGAUACUCUACGAGAAGGGACGCGUUGGCUUGAAAGGUUACUGUGUUGCAUCGUGUCCUGCCUCUGACCCCGGCCCAAUGGGAUUACAGGGAGAGAAAGGUGAUCCGGGAUCAGAUAACGUAAUAAACAGUCAAGAUUUGCGAAAAGAGGUCGAACGUAUAAUCGAUUCCGCAAUAGUUCAGGUGUCUGCACGCAACUGGACGAACAACCAUAAAGAGCUGAAAGAUAGGAAGAUUCGAAUAAGAAGACGACGUAGUCUUGUUCCUCAAUUCGGAGAACCGGAGUUGGGAGUGAAUAGUCAACGCAAGGCUCUGGGGCUUCUCAUUCUGAACGAUGUGAAUGAACUGAAAACUAGAGGGGACAAUUUACCACUCGGCGCCAUUGUUGCCACUUAUCUGUAUGAAAGUUUUCGGCACACCGGAAACCCUCCACCAAUGGGUAUGUUUGUCAAGACAGACACUACGACGAACCGAUGGAACCGCGUACCUGUGACUUUUGAAAAAGAAGUUACCUAUGCAACUCCACCGAGUGAAGCAGUGGAGUCAAAUUUACCCAGCUCGCAAUUACAAUUGGUUCUAGCAUUCUACCCGUAUCCAGUAAACGGGGCAGAAUUUCUUGGCUGGUACGGGGCAGAUACCCUGUGUCGAGAGACUGCCGAAAGACGCCUGGGGGUUCCAGGUUUCAGAACGUUUUUAUCCGAUCGGAAUUUGCCAAUUGAACAGAUUCUCCCCUGGAGGCUUAUUCGAGUGCCUGUGAUCAAUUUAGCUGGUUCCCUGUUGUUUCGUGAAUUAAAAGAUUUCCUUUACGGAAUGACGCCUCACUCCAGGGAACCGUUGUAUGAUUUGAACGGCACGCCAUAUACGAGUGGUUUGAAAAGGUCAGUCAUUUAUGGUUUAUCGUGCGACAACCACCUGAAUGGGAUAACUGAAAUGCCCAUUGUUUCUCAAUUGUAA